ACUCGCACGCCCCAGAGAGUUGCAGCGCAUGCCAUAAACUCCCUGCCCGGUGACCCAUCAGGAGAGUGCUGGUGGCUUGCCACAGAGGCUGUGCCUUGGUCUCCUCCUCUGCUCCGCAUCCCUCACUCUGAGGAUGACGGGCUGCUGAAAGGACAGGCAAAGCGCCACCUCCUCUUCUCCUGAGCGUCUCCUCGAACUGGAGCUUCCUCUGGGUCCCUCCAGUGCCCCGUGCACCAUGUGGAAGGUGCGCUUGCCCGUCUCCAUCAUCCUGUGCUGCCUCGUUGAAAGGAGUGUCGGCAUCAUCAGGAGGUAUUACAUCGGAGCAGUGGAGACGGAUUGGAACUAUGUGCCUGUCGUCCAGAAGGGGGAGUCAUCCCCAGCCACAGCCACUCAGUACAGGAAAGCUGUUUAUAUGGAGUACACGGACGUGACGUUCACACAAACAAAACCAAAGCCUGCCUGGAUGGGUAUUUUGGGCCCCACCAUCCAAGCAGAAGUCUAUGACAAGGUGGUUGUCACCUUUAAAAACCUGGCUUCCCAUCCCUUCAGCAUUCUUGCCACUGGGGUGUCCUACUGGAAAGCUUCAGAAGGGGCAGGCUAUGGUGAUGAGACCAGCUGGCCAGAGAAAGAAGAUGAUGCAGUGAGACCGGGGCACAGCCACACCUACGUGUGGGAGAUCUUACAAGAUCAAGGGCCGACUGGGUCUGACCCCGACUGUUUGACCUAUGCCUAUUCCUCACAUGUGAACAGCGUCAAAGACACCAACUCUGGCUUGAUUGGGGCACUGCUGGUCUGUAAGCCAGGGACCCUGCAGAGGAAUACGGGACCCAGGAACAUCCUGCAAGAAUUUGUCCUGCUUUUCUCAGUGUUUGACGAAGGCAAAAGCUGGUACUCUGAAUUCAAUGGUUUGGGAAAUUCCUCCUCCCAGGGCAGAAAGACUGAGCUACACACCAUCAAUGGCUUUGCCUUCUCUUCCUUGCCUGGUCUCAAGAUGUGCCAGAAACGACCGGUCUACUUGUAUGUCAUUGGCCUGGGGACUAAGGCUGGAGUCCACUCCAUUUUCUUUGAGGGCCACACUUUCCUAGUGAGAGGCCACCGGCAGGCCACGCUGGACAUCUCCCCAGCAACUUUCCUCACAGUGGAGAUGAUGCCCAGUACCAAUGGCACGUUUCAGAUGUUCUGCCAGAUCCCAUCACACCAGCGAGCUGGCAUGGAAGCUUCACUUACUGUGGAAAUCUGUCCAGAGCCACCUCAGAAGACGAUGAGGGUGGCAGAUCUUUUUGAAGAUGACAGCUACGAUUAUUACAGUGAGGAUGACAUUGAAAGCACAGUCUUCAACAUGGAAGGCCACGCAUCCAGAAUUAUGGCCCGUUCUCGUGGCAAACGGCAUUCUGUGAUCUGGGAACAUUACAUUGCAGCGGAAGAAGUUGAGUGGGACUAUGCCCCCAUCCGGCCCACUGACCUGGACAGAGCUUAUACCAGCCAGUUUCUGGAAAGUGGUCCCCACCGGAUUGGCUCCAAGUAUAAGAAAGUGGUGUUUGUUGAAUAUGAAGAUGCGACUUUCAGGAAGCGGAAGGCCUCACACCCAGAUCACUUGGGAAUUCUGGGACCUGUCCUCAAAGGAGAAACUGGUGAUGAGUUAAAGAUUACAUUUAGGAAUCUAGCCAGUCGACCGUACAACAUCUACCCCCAUGGCAUCACCAACGUCACUUCAUUUUUCCCAGUGGCAAGCAAAAAACCUCUCAACUUGAAGAUCAUGCCCCUCCGACCUGGAAAGCAGUUUGUGUACAGGUGGACCAUAAUGCCGGAAGAUGGACCGACGCACUCUGAUCCCCGCUGCCUGACUCGCUACUAUUACAGCUCAAUCAAGCCCAUGAAGGAUUUAGCCUCUGGACUUAUUGGGCCUCUGCUGAUCUGCUUCAAAGAGACCAUGGACCAGAGAGGAAAUCAGAUCAUGUCAGAUGAUGCAAGGUUUCUGCUGUUUUCUGUCUUUGAUGAAAACCUUAGCUGGUACUUGGAGGAGAACAUCAAACGAUCCUGCACUGAUGCGGCCAACACCAACCCGCAAGACCCUGGAUUCUACGCCUCCAAUCUCAUGUACAGUAUCAACGGCUAUGUCUUUGAUAACCUACACCUUCAGCUUUGCCAGAACAAGGUGGUAUAUUGGUAUGUCCUGAGCGUAGGCGCCCAGACAGAGAUCCUGUCUGUUUUCUUCUCUGGGAACACUUUUAACCACAAUGCAGUCUUUGAAGAGAUCCUCACCCUCUUUCCCCUCUCUGGAGAGACCGUCUUCAUGUCCAUGGAGAAUCCAGGAGUAUGGGUACUGGGGUGCUUGAAUCCUAACUUCAGAAGACAAGGAAUGAAAGCCACAAUCACUAUUUCCAACUGUCUCCUGGAUGUGGAAUCAGCCAUUGGAGAUGACUAUGAUGAGGACUAUUAUGAAAGGAUACCAGACUAUGCUUUUGAAUAUGACACCUUACAACCCAGAGGCUUGCGGACCAUUAAGAAGCACCUGCAGCCCUACAAAAAGAAAGAGCAGGACAAUGCCACUUCCCCCUUGGAAAACGAAACUCCAAGCUCUGAGCAGCUCAACCAGUCUCCCAAACAAAAUGGCAAAAGGAACUCUACAAGCCCAUUAUUGUCUCCCGAGGAAACUUUAUAUCUUCAUGAUCUUUUUUCACCUCCACAAGAUGGAGAGAUGCUUGAGUUCUUACCCAGUGAUGUCUUCGCAUCAGAAGAGGAAAUUCUAGCUACACCGAAACAAAACUUGGAGAACAUGUCUCUCACUCAGGAGGGGUCGCUUCAUAAUGAGAAUUUCUUCAAGGCCACAGCCAAUCCAGUUAACGAGGUGUUUGUCUUUGGAAUGCCUGGGUCAGUUCAGGAAGCUAGGGUGAUCCAGGAGAACCCAGGGCAGCAGAAGGCAACAGAGGGUGUGACUUCUCCAUCGGUCCCUCCACUGGAAAACAUGGAAGCACCUCUUGACCACAGUGCCACCAAUCAGUCAAAGGAGUCAUUCAGUGAGAUGGAUCUUGCAGAAAACCAGUCCUUGAAUGCAGGGAAAUCCUCUCUUAACCUCGACACUAAUUUAUCAGAACUAAAUACAGGAAACCUGGAAUCCAGACUGACUGUAAGAACUUCACUGGGAGAUGCGGCCAGAUCUGAAAGACGGAAUGCUGUAACACUGAUGCCUGCUGGGCUAAUGAAUGAGGAAGGAGCAUUGCGAACAAUGCCCCCAGUGGGUGAAAGUUCUUUCAAUGCAAGCGGCUCUUCUGCAUCCCCAGGUGACUUGGAAAGGGAGCCAUUGUUUCAGGACACAUUGGAGAAUCAAAGCACUGGACCAUCAGAACUGAAAAUUAGCCCUGGGACUGGAGGUCUGGCUCCCCAGAACAAUGACACAGCUUCACAAGAGUCAAAUGGCCACUUAUCUCAGAAAGCAACUGACCAAGAGGAUGAAUCAUUUGCAGCCGGAGAAUCAUUACGAACAGAGACAGAGACGGCAGGUGUUCCCUCACUAGUAGCACCAUAUUCCACAAUGAUGGGAAGCCAAGACAACUCUACGCCUUUAGCAGAAGCCCUCCUUCUCAGCAAUAAGGGUACACAUAAUGAAACACUUGACACAAUCCCUCUUGGAAGGACUUUUCAGGAUCACAAGACAGUGAAGGUUAUGCAACUCAGUCAGGACACAGCUCCCGGAAGCCCAGGUCUUUUGAAGGAAUACAACUCCAUCCGGCUACAGAAUGACAAGACAGUGGAUUCAGAUAGAUUGCUCAGCAACCCGCAUGGGACAGUCAAGGCCAUCGAUACUAAUGACAUCCUGGUUAGUAAUGAUCAACUCUCCACAAAUCUCUUUCACGCUGGUCAAGAAACAGAUGGCUUACAACUCCAAGGAGCUGUCCAGGAAGCUAGCCACAGCAAGAAUGUCUCUGAGAAAGUGAAUCCAGCUUUGCCCAGAUUUGAUGCCACAUCCAAAAGGAGCUUAGGUAGAGGGAACACUUCACAUCAAAGGGGUAAAACAUUAUCACAACUAGUUAAGCCAAGAAAUGAUACGGGUUCAGAAGAAUUUGUAGGAAACAGAGAGCACCAGCUGCAGCUGAAAUCAGACAUCCAGAGCCAUGAAAAGUCAGCCAGUGGGACAGCAUUCAAGUCCUGUCAAAAGGGCCUUCGGGGAUGCAGUGGUCACCUGGACAAGAGGUCUCUGAGAUCACCGCAGGCCACGUCCCAAGAAACAGAAGCCAAAGAAGCAAGGAAUGUGAAGGUUCCUGGCACAGUUGAAGGCACUGCUCAGACUUUACACAGUGAUCUUUUCUUUAUGUUGAGCAAUCGUGCCAAGGCGUCUAUAACAAGGGCACUGUCGGUGGAAGAAGCUAAGGGUGAAGAUGGUAUUGCGUCUCCUUCAGGCAAUAAAAUGUCGUUAUUGGAAAGAGGGGGAAAGGAUGGAGAGUCUAGAAUCGCAAUGCAGGGGGUCAACAAAAGUGAGAACAGUGUCCCGGGACCCCAGGCUCAUGGGGAGGUCCCCAUGACACCCUCAGACCUCAACAGACUAGCAGAAACAAACUCCUCCAAGCGUCUGAGAGAGACACCGGAGUAUGACGACUACAGCAAAGCUGAGGAGAGCCCAGAAGAAUUUGAUAUCUAUGAAGAAGAUUACCAGGAUCCCCGUACAUUGGGUGGUAAAGUCCGACAAUACUUCAUUGCUGCGGAGGAGGUGAUGUGGGAUUAUGGGAGCCAGACUGCUUCACCCUACCUAAAGGACAAGCAUCCCAGUAAUGACGGGAAGGUCUCCAAGCAGUAUAAGAAAGUAGUUUUCCGUGGAUACCUAGACAGCUCUUUUACUCAGCCACUGGUCCGUGGAGAGCUGGAUGAACACCUGGGCAUUUUGGGACCAUACAUCCGAGGCCAAGUUGAUGAUGUUAUAAUGGUAACUUUCAAGAACAUGGCUUCCCGCCCUUACUCCUUCUACUCCAACCUGCUGCCGUAUAAGGGGAACAAUGGGACCAGAGAGCAGCCCAGUCAGGAUCCAGUGCAACCCAACGAUAUCCGAAACUACUCCUUCAAGGUGCUGCCACCGAUGGCUCCUGCCAUGAAUGAGUUCGACUGCAAAGCAUGGGCCUAUUUCUCCACCGUUAGCCUGGAGAAAGACCUGCACUCUGGCCUUAUCGGGCCCCUGAUCAUCUGCAAGGCUGGCGUGCUGAGCACUGCCUAUGUAAGGCAGCUGUCUGUUCAGGAAUUUUCCUUGCUUUUCACCAUCUUUGAUGAGACCAAGAGCUGGUACUUUGUGGAGAAUCUUGAGCAGAACUGCCCUCUCCCUUGCCACAUCCAGAGAGACGAUCCUGCAGUGAAAGCGAGCAAUACUUUCUAUGCUGUGAAUGGCUACGUGAGAGACACAUUGCCAGGGCUGGUGAUGGGUCAGCACCAGAAGAUCCGGUGGUAUCUGCUGAAUGUUGGUGGUGCUGAGGACAUCCACCCGGUCCACUUCCACGGGCAAGUCUUCACCAUUCGAAUGGCCCAAGAAUACCGCUUGGGAAUCUACACCCUCUACCCUGGUAUCUUUGAGGUGGUGGAAAUGCGGCCAUCCCAUCCUGGGAUCUGGCGGGUGGAGUGUGCGGUCAGUGAAAACGAGCAGGCUGGAAUGAGCGCCCUCUUCCUCGUGUAUGACCAGCAGUGCCAGAUUCCUCUGGGCCUUGCUUCUGGAUAUAUUACAGACUCCCAGGUCACAGCUUCAAAUCAUUUUGGCCAAUGGGUCCCUAACCUGGCCAGGCUGGACAAGUCUGGGUCAAUCAAUGCCUGGAGUGCUGUAGAAACAAACUCAUGGAUCCAGGUGGACCUGUUGCAACCCAAGAUCAUCCAUGGGAUAAAGACACAAGGAGCCCGGCAAAAGUUCUCUAGCCUGUACAUCUCCCAGUUUGUCAUCUUCUACAGCCUGGAUGGACACAGGUGGAAGGGUUACAAAGGCAAUGCCACCAGCUCCCAGAUGAUAUUCUUUGGGAACGUGGAUGCAGCAGGCGUGAAAGACAAUACCUUCAACCCUCCCAUGGUGGCUCGCUACAUCCGCCUUCACCCAACGCAUUUCAGCAUCCGCAACACCCUGCGCAUGGAGCUCAUCGGCUGCGACCUGAACAGCUGCUGCAUGCCACUGGGAAUGGAGAACGAAGCCAUCUCCAAUGAACAGAUCUCGGCCUCCUCCUAUAUCGACGGUGUUUUUUCCAGCUGGGCUCCCUUUCUGGCCCGGCUGAACAUGGGCGGGAGAAUCAAUGCAUGGAGACCAAAGGUGGACAGCCAAAAGGAAUGGCUUCAGAUCGACUUUAAGAGGACCAUGCGGGUGACUGGGCUGCUGACCCAAGGCGCAAGGGCUGUCUUCACCAAAAUGUUUGUGAGCAGUUUCUCUCUCUCAAGCAGCCCGGAUGGCAAGAGCUGGUCACCUGUUCUGCAAGAUGGGAAGAAGAAGGUUUUCCAGGGAAAUCAAGAUCAUUCCAGCCCAGUGAUGAACUUCCUGGAUUUCCCACUCUUUACGCAGUAUUUGAGGAUACACCCAGUCAGCUGGAACAACCACAUUGCACUGAGGAUGGAAAUUUUGGGAUGCAACACCCAACAAACAGCCUAGUUGGAGGAAGGCUGCCUUCUGCCCCGUAGCUGGUGAACUUUCCAAGGGUGUGGAAGACCUUGAGCAGAACCCGAUGGCACGCACUUUUAUCACAGACACUCAACAAAACAAAACCCGCACCUGAAAAUAGCCUCAUGCAUGUAUUUUUGAUAAGUGUCUUCAACCUAAGGAACAGAUCACAAGAACAGAAGAAUGUGAUGAAGGGCCUGCCAGACUCGCUGAGUUUUCUCACAAUCACGUGAGCAGUGACACAGCCUCUCUUACCAGCCCUGCUCCAUGAUUUGUACAGCCAAACUAAUCAUGAUGUUAGUCAUGUGUUUGAGACUGACAGGUAUCUAGGUUGUAAAACUGAAAUUGCUGGGGAGAAAGGGGCAUGCAGUGGCGGUGGCGGCGAAUAAACACGUCCCUCACGUCAGCUGUGAAACUGCUGUUGAGGUAUAGAUUUUGCUAAAUCCGAUCUGUCUGUUGUUGUUUAUUAGGCAACUUUCCUUCCAUCAUCAGCCCAUUGAUGGAAUUUGAUUUCCUUUUACCAGAAUUUCAUCUCCCCUGCACUAAUUUGCCUGAAUACAAAUACAAAUCAACAGAAAUUCCUCCAAAAGUGUGUGGGGGGGCGGAGGGGGGUGGGGGUGGGGUGGAAUUCAUGGAUAAAAUCUCCCUGAUUCGGAAAAGGCCAGUGUGCUGCUUAAUAUAAAGAUUGUAUUUAUAGAAAUCCAAAUCCAUUUGGAUCUGUGGAAGAAUUCAAUAAUACCUGUAGGCCUCCUGGUGUUGCUGGACUACAACUCCAAACCUCUAUGACUAAUAGGCAGGGAUGAUGGGAAUCAUAGUCCAGCAACAGCUGCAGAGCUGUUGGUUCCUGACCCCUGCCUACUGUCACACACCCAACAACACCACCCCCCUCCAAAAAAAAAGGUGCUGUCCACACCAGAAAGAAAGCAGCUUUUGACACCUAUGGAAAAUUUCCUCUUAGUUUAAUCAGGAAUUUGAGGACGGGUAUUUCUACUUGGACAAUACUAUGUGAAAUGCCUUGUUUCUCUCCUGAUGGGGUCCCCUUACAACUUCUAUGUCAAUUUUUAAAAAAUGAGCAUGUGGAUUAACACUGCAUUAAGCUUCACUGUUGCACUGAAUCCCAAGCAGGCUUACUUGAAAAUAAGUCCCACUGAAAUCAGGGGGAUUCAUUCUGGAGUUGCCAUGUGUAAAAUAAGCUGCUGGAUAGUAAAUUGCUUGGAGAUGAUGUGGGAAGGAGCACAAGAGAAAUACAUGAAGGCAGUAUAAUUUGUUAUACAAUGAGUCUUCAGGACAGUCUAAUCCAGUGUCUGCACAGAGGAUGUUCAGAUGCAGAAUGACCCCUAAGCAAGUGCAAAAGCAGGAUCAAACCCGAUGCUCUCCUAAGUGUUGCACUAUUAACUCCCAUGUUUCAUGAGCAAUGUUCAGGGAGGAUGGGCUUUUUAGUCCAAGGUCUCUGGGAAGCGCCAAGUUGGGGAAGGUGAGCCAUUUCUGCCAAAAGCUGUUGACAGAGCUAUCUUCCUUUAUCUGCCACCCUCUCUUGAUAAGGGAUAACUUGAUCAAGCCCCUUUGUCCUAAGGAGCUGAUUCCAUCACUUUAGCCAUUGUUUCCCCUGCCCCUGCAUCAGAAGAAGCUGAAGGCAUUCAGGUCCUCUUGGAUGUUACCAAGCUCUUUACAUUAUUUGUUGUUUGCCAAGUUAACUCUGUGUGCAUAGCUUGAGAACAGCAUGGCGUAAUUAAAGCAUUAAAGAGCGCUUGUCUUGUUAA